AGGAGGGGAAGGUAGAAUGGGAUUCAAGUUUGGGUUUUUAAAGUACAACAAUAAAUAAAUAUAUAUAUAUAUAUAAUUAAGUACACUAGUGCAUAUAAUAAUUACAAUUUAUCAUCGUCCCUUGGAUCCGUGUCCGUAUUUAAAUUUAUGUAUUUCUAAAUAUUUCUACGUGCUGGUUAUCAGCAAUUGUACCCUGACAGUGAUUAAUCGUAUCCUUCUGCGAUCAUUUAUGUUCGUUUUAAACGCAUUCGUUAUCGGGACCAUCCGUUAAUCACACGUUGUCAUAUAUCCUCCAUAUCAACAAGCUGACCAAUCUCGAAAUGUGAAACACUUCCGUACUAGCUUCACAGACGAAACUUUCACAUCUAGCUCCUCCCUUCUUCAGUCGUGGCACAAAGUGUGUACAAGCGUUCACAAAGAAGAAACCAAAGUGCUUAAUCAUGCUACAGUCGUUUUAUUACUCAUACUAAUGAAUGGGUUUUCCCCGUGUAGCCGUCGCCAUUAACCAUUGGCUUACACCAAAAAACGAUGAUUACUGUAAAAAUGCUAUAUAUAAUAGUGUCCAGACGUAAACGACAUUUAGCAAAGAAUCUGAAGGUAGGCUGUUGCUGUUGUUGUUGCUGUUGUUGCUGCUGCUGCUGGACCGUUCAAGGAUCCUCAAUGUCAUGUUCCACAUAGCACCCUCAUGCAAAGACGCUCUGAGAUGCUUUCUCGUCUGCGUGGCCGUCUGUCUGCCGGGCGUGCUCUCUAGCUUUAGAAGCCAAAAUCUGUCUCCGGAACUCUCGACAUGCUUCGGACGUUUCGCCAGUGUGACUCUAGACCGGGUCGUAGGGAAGUUACUGUUCUGGCACUGCGAGUUCGCCAUGACGCCGAGAAAUACCUACGGCCCCUUUCUGUCGCCCACCGAGUGGAACUACAUGUACGGUCUCCUUCAAAGGAUAAGUGGUUUCCGGCACCGCUUGGGGAAGAGGCAGGCGAGGAGGUGUGUGAGGAAGGAAUACAGGACCCUGACCACGAGAGAGAGGGAUGACUACCACAGAGCGGUGAACCAACUUAAACACAACACGAAAGUGUCUCCAAAUGUGUACGACGCGCUGGCUAAACUUCACUCAGCAGGAACCAUACCUAAGGCUCACGGUGGACCGUGCUUUCUGGGCUGGCAUCGAGUGUUUUUGCUCAUGUAUGAAUUGGCCCUCGGUGAUGAAGUCCCCGGCGUCUGUCUUCCGUACUGGGACAGCAGUCUGGACAACGAGCUAGACGACCCAGCCCAGACGUACAUGUUCAGUCCUGAACUCAUGGGCACUGGCAGAGGUCCUGUCACCACUGGUCCUUUCGCGGGCUGGAGGAGACCUCGAUACAACGCGAAUAUAACCAGCCGCCAGCCGCCGUUGAUACGGAACGUUGGAGUGGACGGCCAGCUUUAUUCGCGAAAGAUAAUCGAAGAUAUUCUGUCCCGCAAGGACCAUUCAGAAAUCAUCGCUCCCAACUCCGAUCCCGACUAUGACAUCGAGGUCCAACACGGAGGAGUCCAUAUGUUUGUUGGGGGAGAUAUGGAAGAACUGGAGACGGCGCCAUUUGAUCCCAUCUUCUACAUGCAUCACGCGUUCGUCGACUACAUCUGGGAACUCUUCCGCCUCAAGUUGAGAAACGAGGUGAACAUCGACCCAUCGAAGAAUUACCCGAUGAACCACAAGAUAGCUUUUCACAGCCGCGACGAAAUAAUGACCAUAGGCAAUUUGUCGUGCGGCGAGGGCUACAGCGACCGACUGAUGGAGUCGGUUGAAUAUGAAGCGUCGCCGUCUUGCUCUGCACAACGGCCGACGUGCAACUCCCAGUAUCUGAGAUGUAGGUCCGAAGACGGUCGGUGCAUACCAAUCACUCUUGAAGAGUCGCCGCUGCCUCUAAACCCAGUUCCAGUGAAUCCAAGCCCAGGUCCGAUACGUCCACAACCAGGUCCUAUAAAUCCACGCCCAUUUCCACUGCAGCCAACCCCACUUCCAUUGCAACCACGCCCACUUCCAGUGAAUCCACGCCCACGUCCAGUGAAUCCACGCCCAGUUCCAAUACAUCCACGCCCAUUACCGAUCAAUCCACACCCAGGCCCAAUAGGUCCACAACCAGGUCCUAACAUGCCACCACCAGUUGACCCCUGCGCUCAUAUCGAGAGGGAGAAGCAUAACGUCAAACCCUACCAGAACACGUACUGCAUAAACGGGAUAUGUGACAUCAAUCAGUGGGUGUACGUACCCGUGAAGGUGGUCACCAUGCGACCUCCAGGGUUCAACAAAUACAGAUCGUACCCAGUGUUCAAUGGCGACAUCUCGACCGUCAACGACAUUUACAAUCCUAGUGCCUACGCGAGAGCGAAACGGUUAAUACAAGGCCAACUCGGGAGGGUUCCCAAAGCAUUUGCUCAGUGCUUUGAUGAUGGCAUAGGCCAGAUCUUCGUCCAUUCCCACGGUCUGAACUAUGAUGGAGUUUACAAAGAAUCGGCCAUCGUCGACCAGAGGCUGGCCACAACUCUGUCCAUAGCUUACAUCGCCGUCAAGGAUCCUGGUCAUAGGGGAAACACGCAAGUUAUGCUUCGAGCGGCAGAUUCCUGUGGUCGGGUCUGUCACGCGGCCUGCAAGAACCCGAGGACGGGGGUGUUCGAGCGGUGCUCUGGUGUCAUAGAACUGGACUCUCUGCCUCCGCGGAUGUACAGUAAGAAUUACGGCGACGCCACGUUGGAUAUAUGGAACUACGGCGCGGGCAAUGUUGUCCAGUGUCCGAUAUUUAACGAUGACAAAUUCUUCAUAACUUUUUAUUGUAAUUACGAAGAUCAUCUUCCGUGGUUGCAAAGGAUUCCGUUAUCACCAAAUCCAGAACCAGAACCUGUUGUGUUAAAGCCUCCACCUGUUGUGGAAAAACAAGUUUGCCAAGUGAGUAGAACGUGUGUGCUUGAGGUGUCCUGUUUCUCGGCCAAGCUGCAGUGCCGGUUUUACGGAGAGAGACAUCAGUGCCGCGGUAUUUGCGGACUCUACGCCGUCUGCAACUACGGCCACUACACCGAAAAGUACUGUGGCGGCGGCAUGGCCUUCAAUGAGGUCACCGGUCAGUGUUCGACCGUCCACUGCAGUAGCCAGAGGGUGAGCGUGCACGUGCAGCCCCCCGUGUUCGGACCAGACAUCAACUACCUUCAGAGCCUUGAAAAACGGAUGCUUAACAUAGGCUGAAAACGCUUAAUGCUCAUGCGCAAAAUACUACAUAGAUGCUCAUGUGGAAUGCGCAUGUUACGUGUGUGCCCAUGCUCAAAAUGUUACAUGCUAGCUUUAGAUUUUACAUACGAGUGUAGUUCUUCCUUAUUUAUACAGCAAAUACAAAAGAAAAACUCACACAAAAAAUAUGAUACAUACACACACGCAAUAUUCACACACACACACACACACACACACACACACAUAUAUAUAUAUACACACACACACAAAACC